CCCAUUGACUCAUUCUUUAUUCUUUCGUUACCAAGCCCACGCCCAGGGCUGGCUCCAAACUCCCACUCUCUCUCUCUAAAACCCGUUUCUUUCUCUCUGUUCUCCCCUCGCCGACGCUCGAUUGCUGCGUUUUACUGCGUCUGCAAUGUCCUCUGCUUCGCCACCUCCAUAUGGCUUCACUGAAACCUCCUUUCUAUCGCGCGCCGGAGCCGCCUCCGGUUCCGUUUACGGCAGUUUACGGCCGUGGCGCCAGCUUUUCCAGCCGCUGUCGUCCUUCACCCGCCCUGCCUCCGUCGGCGAAGCGACCAUUCGGAGUAAGCGCAAUCUCAAGUACUUCCGCGUCAAUUACACCUUCAUCGUCCUUCUCAUUCUCUUUCUCAGCCUCCUCUGGCACCCUGUUUCUUUGAUUGUCUUCUUGAUCGUCUUCGUUGCCUGGUUCUUUCUUUAUUUCUCCCGGGACGAGCCCUUGGAGGUGUUUAACCGUGUCCUCGAUGAUCGAGUUGUCUUGGCUGUGCUUGGAUUGGUCACGAUUGUCGCCUUGGUUUUGACGGAUGUAUCGCUUAAUGUAUUCGUUUCGAUUUUGAUUGGGGUUUUUCUUGUUUCUCUACACGCCGCCUUUAGGGUUACUGAGGAUUUGUAUAUGGACGAACAAGAAGUCGCCGAUGGAGGAUUGAUUUCCGUUGUCGGCAGUCCGACUCGGGCAGGCUACAGCCGGGUCUAGGGAAUUCACUGAAUCAUAUUUUGGCUAGGUUACGAAUCAUGAUCUUGCCUCGCUGCUUCCGUCAUUCAAAUGGUGAUAGAUCGCGCUCCACGAUUCAAAAUUCAAAGGAGCAUAAAAGAACCAAGCGUUUCUCUCUAGUCAUCGCUUGGAAAUCCGGUUUGAUACCACUGAUUGAUUUAGCAACGAUUUUUUUAUACCCCUUAAAUUUCAGGGCUCUGCUUUAGUUCUCUAUUCAAUACGCUUGUACAUGUAGUUUCAAAUGACGUUAACGUUAUACAGAGUUUUGCUUUUAGUUCGGAUAAAUCCUAGAUUUCAUCUUCACAAUGCUUUCAUUUGGGUGUGAUUUUUGAGGAAGGGGCUUGUAAUGUUUUGGUUUGGUGUGUUCUUUAUUUUCGAAAGGAAGAUAUGGCAAAUAGUGCAUCUGAAUUUUGGUUUUCAGUGUCUUGUAAUUGUUAAUGUAUACCAUCUCUGGCAUUUCAUGUCGUUUCCGAA